CUUGGCUUGAUUUUGUAGCCGAGGAUGGCGGGAAUUCUUAUCCUUGGCUAGAGUGAGCAAGAGGAGAGGUAAUAAAGGGAAAGCCAGACCCAGUGGCGGACGGGGCUCUGACCAGGGUGGAAGGCUGAGAGGCCUCUUAGCAGCCCCUUCCGUGUGCGAGGAAACCCAGAGAGGGGAUCCAGAGGCGUGGUGCCGCGGCAGCGCGCAGGGACCGGGAGGAUAACUCAGUUACUGGUGCAUGGACAACUUUUCUAGGAAGGCCUUUGAAAAUCUGAGGAGGAGAUGGAGCUGGCAAAUACGUUAAGACAAGACGGCGAGUCUCGCGGAGGUGUUUUAGCUCACUUGGAAAGACUAGAGACUCAAGUGAGCAAAUCCCGUAAAAAAUUGGAAGAGCCACAGAAUGCACAGGCUCUUGAAGCCAGGAUUCAUGAACUGAAACGUCUGCGAGAUAAGCUGAGGGCUGAAGUGAAACAGCGUCAAGCCAGAGUUAAAGCAUCUACUGCCAAUGUAGAACCUGACCAAACAUUAGAGAUUAGUGAGCAAGAAAUUUUGGAGAGAAAACAGGAAAAUAUGAAAGCCAUUCUACAGGCAUAUCGUUUUACAGGGAUCAGCGGGAAGCUGACCAGCCGAGGAGUAUGUGUCUGCAUCAGCACUGCUUUUGAGGGGAACCUGCUGGAUUCCUACUUUGUGGAUCUUGUCAUGGAGAAACCACUUUGGAUACAUCACCAUUCGGUGCCAGUCUUCAUUCCCCUAGAAGAGAUAUCUGCAAAAUACCUACAGACUAAUACUCAGCACUUCCUGUUUGUUCUCUGCGAAUACCUAAAUGCUUACUCGGGGAGGAAGUACCAGGCAGAUCGACUUCAGAGUGACUUUGCAGCCUUUCUAGUGGGGCCCUUGCAGAGAAACUCAUUGUGCAACUUGCUGUCAUUUACUUACAAAGUGAAGCUGGAAGGUCAGUCCUUCCCCUUCUGUGCUAGACUGCUGUAUAAGGACCUCACGACAACCCUUCCAACUGACGUCACUGUUACUUCUCAAGGGACAGAAGCAUUACCCAGAAUGUGGGAAGAACAGCGAGCAGCCCAUGAAAACCUGUUUUUUACAAAGCCCCUACAUCAGGUGUUUACUUCAUUUGCAAAAAAAGGAGAAAAACUGAAUGUGAGCCUGGUCUCCUAGAAUAUUUUCUUUGGGGACACAUCAGAAGUAAAAGGAAAUAUUGCACUUUCUGCUCCCAUGACUAAGGUGACUGGGGUUCCAGAAGAACCUUUCAAGAUUAUCAGGACAAGAGCCAUUUCACCUAACUCGGACCACAGACAAGCAGGUCUUCAGAGUGAAAAGCACUGCUUCCAGGUUCUAGCUGCGGAGCAAGUGGUGGCCAGCGAGCGGCCCUCAUCUGAAGCAGAGCUUCUCCGCCUGUACUCCCAGCCAGGCACAGAGGCAGCAGCCUUGUUCCACCUCUGGCAGCCCUUCCUACUCACAGUGGCCAUGGCCUCUCUGGGUGGAAGAGGGCUGAUAAGAACUAGGGCUCUGGAAGGAACGUUCCAGUACCAUGACUAUGAGCCCUACUCCCUGGGUAAGCUAGAGGCACACUGAGGAAUAGUAUGGCCACCCUCAGAGCUUGCACGUCCACGGACAAAUGAAGGCUGAAGGAGAUUUUUUAAACCUAAAAUCUAUGUGAGUGUGCACUUCAACAGCCUGGGUUGUUGGGACUUGGUCACAUGUCCUUUCCCGAAGCCUUUCUUUGAUUCCCCAAAAUAAACUCUCCCUCCCCUUUGGAUUCUCG